AUGAUAUCUAGAUUAUUCAGAUACUUGACGGCACAGAUGAGCACACUACCGACAAAGAAACCGAUUAUUAGUAUCGUUGGUACCACUGGAGUGGGGAAGUCGCAGUUCAGUAUCGAGUUGGCUAAAAAGAUCAAUGGUGAAGUUAUCAACGCUGAUUCCAUGCAAGUCUACAAAGGUGUCGACGUUAUUGCCAACAAACACCCGAUGCAGGAGCGCGACGGUAUCCCGCAUCACAUCAUGGAUCAUGUUGACUGGAGCGAAGAAUAUUUCAUUCACAGGUUUAAUAAAGAAGCACACCAUGCAAUUGAAGACAUACAUUUGCGUGGUAAGGUUCCAAUCAUCGUUGGCGGAACCCACUAUUAUCUCCAGUCGCUCCUCUUCAAUAACAAAACCUUGGAAAAAAAGAAGGAGAGGGAGUUGACUGAAGCUGAGUUGGGUUUGUUGGAUGGCCCCACUGACAUUCUAUUCCAAGAGUUGAAAAGGAUUGACCCACUUGUUGCUGAAAAAUUCCACCCACAGGACCAUAGGAAACUACGACGAGCAGUUGAGAUAUGGUAUACGACUGGCCAAAAGCCUUCAGAUUUGUAUAUUGAACAAAAAUUGGAUGAGUUGGAGAAAAGCUCUUUAAAGUACAACACUUUGGUCUUUUGGCUCUACUCAGAACCCCAGGUGCUACAGGACCGUUUAGACAAAAGAGUGGACAAGAUGAUGGAGAUUGGUGCUAGGGAAGAAAUUGACGAAUUGUAUCGAUACUAUGCACAAAAUAACGGGGACAGCACCAGUGGAAUAUUUCAAAUCAUUGGGUUUAAAGAGUUUUUGCCUUGGUUGGAAAAUAAAAAACAAAACCCAGAAGCUUUUGCAAAUGGUAUUGACCGAAUGAAGAUACGUACCAGACAGUAUGCCAAAUAUCAGGUGAAAUGGAUACAAAAGACCUUACAGUUGGAGCUCAAGAAAGAAUCAAAAUUUAACUAUGUGAAUGGCGGAAGACUUUUUCUUCUAGACGCCACAGACUUGACUCAUUGGAAAACUAACGUCUGCGAACGUGCGGCGUCGAAGAAGGACUUUCAAUUUUCAUUCAUGAGAGCUACUUCAUCAUCAAUUCAGAAAAGGCAAAGCUCAAAUCCUCUCAACUCGGCUUUGCUGACGUCAAGCUCAAGUGGUACUGCCUCUUCUGUUAAGAAGAAAUUCGAACAUUCUAGACAAUUAUCACACAGUUAUCGUACCAGAAAGGUAGGGCUGUAUCAGAAUACAUCCAAGGAUACAAAAAUUACUAGCAAUGCCACUGGCUUUGAAUUUUUGAAUGAUUCACCUACUAAAAGCAAACCACAGGUGAUUGUGAACGAAAAAUUAUCAUCAAGUCCAAGGCGACAUAUAACUCAACCUAUACCCGGCCUGUCUGAUGUGUUUCAAAGACUAUAUACCCUGAAACCCAAAUCAAAUGGGAUGAAACCGCAUGCCAAUAUACCCAAGCCUUCUAAUGCAGAAAAAGUCCAAACAUUAGCAGAGCUAUAUAGUAUAUUGCACCGCAAAGAUCCCAUGUUGUUUGAAAAUACACACUACGAAGCAGCAUCUGAUUCCAUGCAAACUCCAUUAGAUGUCAACACGAUUGCAUUAAACCUGCUCAAUAUAUAUGAAAGAGGCGAGAUACUACGAAAAGAGAGCCUCUACUACGUGCCCACUACAAAUGAGCGAAAUAUCAACUUGAAAAGUUAUGGUAAUAAUUUCGGUUUUGACGAUAAGGAAGGGAAUUACAUCGUUAUUCCAAACGAGCACAUCAACUACCGGUUCCAAAUAUUGCACAGCAUUGGCAAUGGGUCCUUUGGGAAUGUCAUUUUGGCGAAAGAUCACAAAUUCAAGCGCAACAACGUAGUUGCAAUCAAGAUCAUAAACAACAACUUCAACUCAUCCAUCCAGUCUGUUAAUGAAAUCAAAAUGCUCAAGCACAUGAAAGGCAAUCAACAUGAAAAUGUACUUGAAUUUUACGAACAUUUCAACUUUCGUAGUCACAUUUGCAUCGUCACUGAAGUGUUAUCACUCAACUUAUAUUCCGUACUUGAGAUUACUCAGUUUCGAGGAUUCUCCCCUGAUUUGGUGAAACAGUUUGCGAAACAGAUUCUCAAUGGACUAGCCUAUUUACAUUCUUUGAAAAUAAUACAUUGCGACGUUAAGCCAGAGAACGUGAUGAUCAAGCUUCCGCCACAUACACAGGGUAAAAGUAUUGUUGUUAAGUUGAUAGACUUUGGAUCUUCUUGUUUUGACGAUAAAAUGUCCUUCACAUAUAUCCAAUCAAGAUAUUACAGAGCUCCUGAAAUCAUAUUGGGAGCAAAUUAUGACAACAAGAUUGAUAUCUGGUCACUCGGCUGCCUCAUGGCGGAACUUUUUACAGGAUCCCCUUUAUUAGCUGGAAAGAAUGAGAUUGAUCAAAUCGGGUUGAUGUUGGAAAUUUUUGGAGCACCUCGUUCGUCGACCAUAUUGAAAAUGCGCGCAAAAUUGACAAGGAGCUUGUUACAGUCUUCCAAAGAUAUGAAUUUGUCAUUGCAUAGACCAAAUGAAAGACAAAUCAAAAAGACGUUAUUGUAUAAGGUGUUUGAUCUUAAUGGCAAAAUUAACAUGUCUAUUUUGAAUCACUAUAAAUCGGCAACAAACUCCACAAAGAAGCAAUUCAAGCUCAACUCGAAAAAUUUGGAGGUGUGUUUAGGCACUGGAAGUUCGGGUCUUACGUCGUCAAAGCUAUUUCUUAGUUUUUUGAGACGUGCAUUCAUAUGGGACCCAAACGAUAGAGCGAGCGUUUCCGAGUUACUACAAGACGAAUUUCUAAAGUGA